AUGGAUGAGCCCGAGCCGCGAAAUCGACUUACAGAUGGCCAAAUCCAGGUCAUGGAUACAAUCAGAGCCACAGAGCUGGACUAUCUGUGGUACGGGGCCAAGUACUACGAAAAGGCGAUCCAGGCACUAGCAAGGGAAAUCUCAGAGAACCGUCCCGGCUCUUCAGCCAGCCUCAGCAGCCUUGUCCCAUCCCCUUCCGAGAUCUACGGACGCGUGGCCACCAUAUCCGGACCCAUGUUAGAAGUCGAAAUGCACCAUGAGAUGCCCGCCAUUCGCCUAGUCGCAGCUUGCAUCUUAUGCCAAUACGAAGAUAUCAGCGCUACAAUGAGGGCGUGGUCUGGCCACGUCGAUGGAAUUUGCAAACUUCUGCAGAUUGACGGCAGAGAAGAGACCCUUCGUACGAGCCAUCCGCGCCCAUACCAGUCGAUAGCCCAUCAGUCGCUCUUCUGGUGGUUCGUACUCAAUGACUUCAAGGAGUCUUUUGUUUCUCAACGACACACGCGAGUCGACACCGAAGAUUUACUUCUCUGGCGUAGUAUGGGGCUUCCACUUGAUGACGCUGGAUAUCCUCGCACUGACAUGCCCACACCGGGCAGCGUCGAUGUGCACCAUGACAAUGAGCAGACGGCCCUUCGCGCCCUGCUCCGCUUACUGUGCAAAGUAGUUAAUUGCAAGUACGGAACCGUCUCUAAUAUUCUCGCCCCGGCCGAGCACGAGGCCCAGUGGACAAGACUACACUGCGCUCUUGACACUUGGCUUGAGAGAAUCCCUCCAUCUUUCCAGCCUGAUGCCAUCUUAAAACGUGAGUUCGGCAGCCGAGGGCCGGCCUCGGACAUCUUCGCCGAGGAGAUUUGGUUUACAAGCAGUACAUGCGCAUUCGCUAUGAUACAUUAUCACAUGGCCCGAAUCAUCCUCUUGAUGUGCGGGCCAAGCAACAUGUUUUUUCGAUCCAACACCAGUCCUAGGAGUAACUUUGAGCUUAUGGGUGCCUACCGUGCGCUGGAGCAUAAAUUGCGCAACCACGCAAAGGCUAUUCUUUCAAUCGUUUUGGGCACGCCAGAUGACAGUCUGAGGAUACACUUGCUGCAGCCUUUGUAUACGGCGGGUCAAUGUCUGGCGGAGAAAUCCGAUCAAUGUAUGAUAGUUGAGAUGAUUCGAAGCAUCGAACAAGAUCUGGGAAUCAUGUCCGAAGACAGAGUCAAGGACUUGGUCGAAGGAUGGGGCAUGGCUUACUCGGAGGAGAUCUUCCGCUAA